AAAGUAGUGUGUUUUGAUUCUAAAAAUUUUUUUCUAUCAUAAAAUAUGAAGAAACCAAAGCAAAUCUACCACCAGAGGAUUAAUAUUGAUGAUUGCUAUGUCAUAAAGUUGAAAGAUUUGCAACAUAAAUCUUCUAUUUCCUUUAUUGAUCUGCUCUUGAAAUGUUUGAAUGAGAUCGACAGCAUAAAACAGACAGCACUAUUAAAGAAGAUAGGGAGUGCAUUUAAUGAAGUGACACUCGAAGAGGAUAUUACACCUGAUGCUAAUGUCUGCCUUGAGGUCCUCACUGAAAUAUUUGUUGUCCUUGACUUCAAAAACCCAACAAGAAGAGCACUGGCAAGCUUAUUUGACAGCCUUCCAGAGUCAUUCUAUAACACUGCAUCAAGAAGCUUAUCUUCAUCAGUGAUCAAAAAGCUACAAGACUAUGAAAAUAAAGUAACUGCAGAUGUAGAUUUGAGGCCAGCUAUUGAUAUGGUGUCUUCCCUCAUGGAAAACUUUAAUCUUGGAAAUGAUAUUAUCAAACUGAAUGGUGAACCAGUAUUGAAUUUCUUGGCCACUUGCCUUCAGCAUCUAGUAUCUCGGGCAAGUGUUGCUGAAAACCCAGUUGACCAGACCACAAGAAUGAUGGACUGUUUAGCAACAAUCAAAACGGUCAUUGCUGUCCUGCAAAAGAACAGCAACAAGAUAAUAAAAGAAGCCCAGUCUAAUGGAAGCAACUUGCAUCUUUGGGUCGAUCAUGUGAAAGGAAUCAUGGAACAACUUAUGCAAGUCUUAAACCAAGAAUUCUUGCCAGACUGCCAAACAGCAAGCGGAAUGACCCUUUGUCUAAUUGUUUAUUUGUUUAGUAGACGAGGAUCAGUUGCUGAAGCGGUGUUAGAGACUGUUUUUCCCCACCACGCUGAACAGAACAAACAGCAAACAACUACUCCAGAUUGGAUAACCAAAGUAUUUCAAGCUAAAACAUGGGAAGUUCCCAUCAGUUAUAAUCAGCUUUGUUUAUGCCAUGGCGUGUUGACUAUGAUCCCUCUGGAAGAUCUUCUCAGUCCAAUAUCUCAUAAGGAUUCCAAGGACAUUAAUUUACAGGAAAAGCAAACGUUGAUGUUUGAUAUGGUCUUCCCUGAUCUGUGCCAGUUGUUAGAAAGUUUGAAAGACUCAUUUUCAUGUCUAUCAGCCUUCAAGGUUAUAACAUUGUGGGCAGAGCAAGCAAGAAGAGCAGCAGAGCUUCAUCUCGUGCCAUAUCUUCUGAAAUCUCUGUUAACAGGGUCAGCAGUAAUUCCUCAGAAGUUACUGUCAUUUGUGUGGGAUUACUGGGACCAUCCUGUUGAAGUUGUCAGACAUCAGACCAAGGCAAUAUUUGAACAUGUCAUCAGGACACACAUGGUUCUAUCAGACAAAGAGCCUUCAGCUGAUGAUUUCUUGAAGAACCUAACUGGGAAACUCAUUGAAGUGGGCUGGCACAGCAGAGGCAUUUACGGACCACUGUGCUGUUUGACUUCAGCUGUUGGUGCAAAGACCAUGCUGGGAUGGUAUCCAUGUAUUCCUGUCCAAGUGAUAAACGUGCUAAAAGACAGGAUAAUUGCUCCUCAUGUCAUAGAUUUCUUGGAUGUUAUUACUAAGGCUCAUAAACAAGAAAUCAUAUCUCAAGGAGAUGAUAUGGACGGGUGGUUAAAGACUUGGGUUGUACCGCUUGUUAACAUACUGCGCACUGAGGGGAGUCAAGAGGAGGGAGUACUGAUGGAGCACAGCCUCUCGAAGCUGUUUAAGUGUUAUCCAGAAAGUCUGCAGUUUAUAGUUGGUAGUCUAAGUUGCAAGCAAGACAAACAUGUUGAAAUCUUGAUGACCUGCCUGAAGACAGCCCGAAGACUGGGAAUAAUCAAAGUCAACAACAAUACAAAUAAAACAGACAUACAGGCCGAGGACGUCUGGGGAGGAGUAGUUCCAGUAGAUUGGCUAAAGAAGGCUUUAUGUCAUGUUGAGAACCAGACACGUUUAGAUGCCUUGGGUCUGUUGUGUGACUCGCCACGUACCACUGAACCCAUCAGCCUGAUAGAUCUUGCGUUACUCAAAGUAUUUCUGCCGCUAAAUAUGAACAACCAAUCACCGUCGUUUAGACAGCAGUGCGUCACACAUCUGAAGAAGUUAUUGACUAGGAUGAAGGAGUGUAUUCGUAUAGAAGUGAAAAAAUUAGAGAAAACAAGAGAAUCGCUAGAGGAAAGCCAACGCUUGGAAUCUUAUAAGGAAUUUCUUCACUGGUUCUCUGAUAUCCUCUUCACUUCACUGUUCCCAGGAGCAUCAUUCACUCGUCGCGUCACAUCACUCCAUUACCUUAAGCUCUUGAGUACAAUAUUCAACAAUGAUAAGACAGUUAAGGGAAAGAUAUCAGCUGAGCUGUUUGUGUUUGAUGAUGUGAUGACUGAUGAUAACAUCGCAGUGUUAUUAGAAUGUUUUAACGAUACCUACGAAGUUAACAAGACCUUGGCUUAUGAAUUACUUACAAAUGGUUCCCCGAAGUCAUUGCCUUUCCAGACUCCAGAGGUCCUUCAGCUAUUACAACAGAAAAUAAGUCACCUAGUGUCCAGUCCCAGAGCUGUAGAUGCAUCCACUGCCAGUAUUACUUUGAAGCUUUUGAUUGACAGAUGCUUGCUGCCGCUCUACCCAGAAUCCCCCACAUGUCUAAGAAAUUCUGGAAACAUAGAUUCUCAAGCCUAUCGAGUCAUCUGUUACCUUCUCUCAAGUUUAAGGAAACAAAGCUUGGUUGCCGAGACAAGUCUUCAUCAGGCCUCUUACCAAGCCCCAAUGCACGGCCUGGUUUACUGUUUACGUGAGGUACUGGGGCAUAUCAAGUUAAGUCGUUUCUCCUGUGAUACGUCCUGGCAGCAGCUUGUAUCCAGUCUCCUGGACGAGUGUUUCCAUGUCUCAGAUCUUGUAUCACCAGUAGUGACUUGCAGUUCUCCAGAAGGUCACUUGAUCGAUGAAGAAUACGAUGAUGACACAGAUUUGACAUCUGUCCCAGAAGAUGACCCAACAAGUUCUGAGGUGUUUAACAAUUCAUCUCAAGUGUUGUUGGUCUGUUGUUGGAGAACGAUGAAAGAAGUUGCUUUGAUUCUGGGUGACAUAGUACAGAAUGCUCCGAUCAAGGCAGAAGAAUCUGGGUUAUUGACCCCAAAACAGGUUCAUCAGAUUGGUGACUUCUUUACCACAGUUCUCCUCACCUCAAAACAUCGUGGAGCAUUUGAACUAGCUUACACUGGUUUUGUUAAGCUGUGUAGCACCUUGUGGAUCUGUGAAGAUGCCUCUCUUCGUCAGUUGCCACAUCAAUGGCUGUCCUCACUAAUGUCAGACAUCACAGCUAGUGUACCAUCUGAGAUCUUCUGUGGUACCAGACGUAGUGCCGGGGUUCCAUUCUUUGUCCAGGCAAUUGUAACAACAGAACCUAUGACUGCAGGCAAAGCAAGUUUCAAACGUUUAAUGACAGAUCUUAUUGUGAUAGCCGAGCAACCAAUUGAUAAGAAUGUACCAAAAGAUUCAACUAUACCACAAGUCCAUGCCAGAAACAUCCUUCGAGCUCUGUAUCGUGACACGCGCCUUGGUGAAGAUGUCUUUCCUUUUGUUGCCAGUGGACUCAUGAUAGCGGUCAGAGGUUUUCUAUCUGACAGUUGGGCGAUACGGAAUUCUUCAACUCUACUGUUUAGCGCUUUGAUGACAAGAAUUUUUGGUGUGAAGAAGUCAAAAGAUGAGCAUUCCAGGAGAAACUGCAUGACUGGUCGAGAAUUUUUCACAAGGUUUCCUGAAUUGCAUUCCUUUCUCUUGGAAGAAAUGAAGAAAGCAACAGAAGCCAUUGAAAAAUCUUUGGCUCUCGACCUUCAUCCAAGUCUUUAUCCAGUCCUUGUCCUGCUGUCAAGGUUGUACCCGUCUUCCAUGGAUGGGGUUGACUCCACCCUUAACAUGUCUGCCUUUAUUCCUUAUGUCAUAAGGUGUGGUGGUAGUUCAGUGCUCAAGACACGUGCCAUGGCUGCCCGUGCUAUCGUACCGUUAGUUGCUGGAGAGUGUUUAGUACAAGUGUUGCAAGACCUCAUGAACUCACUCCCUGUCAGAUUAGUCAGUGUUGAACAAAACAAGAUGCAUGGUACUUUACUACAGAUCCAACAUCUUGUGCACGAGCAUCUUGUCGAGGCAACUCCGUCAGAAAACAUCAAGAGUCUGGUAACAAGUAAGGUGCUACAGCUUUUUGAUAAGUUAAGCUGGAUCGCGGACAGUUCAAAUCCUUGUGCCAUGACUUGUGCAGUUUUCCUGGACAUUACCUUCAAACUGUUCAUUUGUCUGGACUGGCAGACAACAGGUCUAAAAUGUAAACACUUGAGUACACAUACCACGGACAAUGUAUUGCACAUGCGCAGAUACAUUACCCAUACUGCUCUACGUAAAUUUACAAUAGUAAGAUCCAGACCUCGCAUGGCCGUAUCUGUCGGCGAAGUUCUCGUCAAGGAAAUUUGUGCACGAAUCUGCUUGAAAGCUGUCAGCGCGUGUGGUAUGAAUAGUGGGGCAGAUUCGGGAUCCGAUCAAGAACACGUACGAGAAACUAUGAACUGUACACAAGAAAAUAUGGUUAAAAGAAUGUCAUUUCAAACACCAAAUCACCAUCAAGUGAUAAAAUGCCUCCUAAAUUCACAAGAUUACGAAGUACGCCUUGUCACGCUAGAACACUUGAAUGCCUACCUGUCACGCAAUCACUCACUGUCACGUAGUGUAGAUAUAGCCAGUUACCAUGGUAACCAUGAUAAUGGGGAGAUCCUAGAUGGUCUGACGGAGGCUUUGGAGAGAGUUGUUUUAGCAGAGAGUCAUUUGGAAGACAUAGCAGUUGAUGUACUGGAGAUGGCGAUGGAGAGAGAACAGCAUCUGGACUGCUUGGGACAGGUCUAUGAGGUGUUGUCCUUUGUGGUGGGUUACCUGUGUUUUCCAAUCACCUUUUCAACAAGCAGAACAGUCUCUCUGGUCGAGUGUUGGCAGCACGUCUUGCAGCAAGCACAAAGAUCUGGUCAGAGGGAUAGUGUGAGGUGUGCUCUUCUUCAUUUCCUCUCGUCCAUGGCUGGAAAAGUGUAUCAAAAGCUCAUCAAUGCUAAUGACGACGAUAUUAAAACUAAGACCCUAGAUGCUGUCCUGUCACUAAACGAGUUGUUCAAGUCCACAAGUGAGGAGCACCAGAGUAUUGAUGUUAGAUAUAAAACAGCUGAUAUACUAUCGAACGGUUCUCUGAGCUCUCUAAUGUGGGAUCCUUCAAGGCAACUAGGGUACUUUCCUCUAGACCUGUGGAGUGUUGUUAUUCGUCUUCUUCAUGAUGAUGAUAGUUCUGUCAGAGAUUGCAUGACUAGUGUGUUGUCAGUACAGCCUUCAACUCUUGAUGUCCACAACAAACCAGAAUCUUCAAGUUUGCCUACACUUGCCAUUGAGGUAGUUCUGGACCGUGUGUGGAGUGAGUUCUACAUCAGAGAGUCAGAUGCAACAUUACACUGGAUAUUGGAAUGGAUCACGGCAAAGCGAGCUUCUAGAACUGCGGAUACACCCAUUGGAGCAUGUCCAGAAGCACCCUCUGAGCAUGCUUCAAAAAUCGAUCUUCUUUUCGAGAAAAAUUCUUUGAAUUCUUACCAGGAGAAGGAAAUCAUCGCUGAGGCUGCACUCAAAACCUUAAAGAAUCACCAGAGAGAGAUAUCUGAACCCGGAAGUGACAUAGUAGAUGACGUCAAUAAGGAAGCCAUUGAAGUGCUCGAGAAAAUAACUCAUGAAAGUAGUUCAAAUUUUUCUGGUUCAUUUUCAAGGAUUUAUCUAAGUGUGUUGGGACUAACUGCAGCUGAAGUUAUAGCAACAGCUUCGUCUAUAAUCCAAUUAUCAGAAAAUAAAAUUGGAGUUGCAGAAUCUGAAGUUAUUCACAAUCCAAAUUCCUGCAGUCCUUGUCCAACCAGGUCGAAUAUCCCGUCUCGACAGAUUACAGAAACAGUCGAGAAAUUGAAAACUAUUAUGGAAACACUUUGUUCAAGGAUACAUAUGAAAAAGGAGCUAGAAAAUGCAAUGGACCAACCUAAAUUACGAAAAGCUUUACGGGAACUUUCAUUUCUUUCUAAUAUUGAUAUACACUUAUUUCAAUAAAAUUAGUCACCAGAAAAGCUACAAAGCUGAGGCCGACAAGGAUUAUGGGUAGAUACAUUUUACAUGUUUUAACCGCUUG